CUGUGAUGGGGUCCCCAGGAGCACUCCAUGUGGCGAGUGUCCCUCUGUUGACACCUGUGCCACAUGCAGCAUCCUCCACCCAGCCUCCCACCCCUACUCGUGCACCAUGGCCCAGAGGGGCGCAGGGAACGUGAUCUAGGGUGUGCUUGGGGGUGGGGGAGUUGGCAAGACCCUUUCCUCCUGAGGGACAGCUCCAUAGUGGAUGGAUGCACCACCUCCUCCCUAGCGUCUGAGGGUCUUCCCCCUGCCCGCCCAGGUGCUUGUAAAUGUUCCUUCGAGAAGCUGGCUGUGGCCAAGACGCAUCUGGCAGGAGCUGGAGAGGAAGGUCUCGGCCACCGCCUGGGGACCCCACCGGGCCCACCGUAGUGGACUGAGGCCUAGCCAUCUCUUGCAUCAGGCUGCUCUUCCCAGAGAGAAUAACCAGUGAUGUCAUCAUGAGCCUCAGGCAGGCACCGACCUGUGUGUUCCUUACAUUGAUCCCUUGAGGCCAUGAGGGCCUGGCUGGGGAUUCAUGUCAGGGACUCCCUCCUGGCAGCCGCCUUGGGGGCUCAUUGUGGAAACUAACCCAGCCCUGAACUGGGGGGGUCACGGGGUCUCAGCAGGCCUGCCCCUCCACAGCCUGUGCCAGGGCAGGUGGGAGAAUAGGAUCGUCCAAGGGGCUCCCUCCUCUGACCCCCUCCACUGUGCUCAGGGCCCCAGGGGCAUUCUGACCGAGGUGUGGGUGUCACCUACAAGCUGCCACGGGACACUAGGGACCGUGACACUAGGGCCCGAGUGCUUGGGGUGAGAUGGAGGUGGGCGGAGUCUUAGGAACGAAGUGUGCCGAGGUUGCAUGGAAGAACAGGCCCUGUUUCCUCUGGAUUUCUGGGCCGGGGUGCGGGGCCUGAACCCUGGAUUCCCGGGGCACACCGGGACAGCAGCCCCGGAAGAGGGAGCAAGGUCCGGCUGUCCAGCAGGCAGGGGGCCAAGGCACCUCGACCUUGGGGGGCGUGAAGCAGCCCAUCCUGGAAAAGGCACAGGGACAUGCAGCCUGACCAAGGGAGACCGGGACCUAUCCUCCACUUCCGGGCGGCAGUGACCAGCUCUCGGCCGGUGAGGCCAGGCUGCUACUCCCAGGCGGGCUGAGCCCGGCGGCCGGCGGCCCUAACAAACUCGGAGGCUGAGAUGCACACUCGAUCUGGGUUCCCCGCCAACCGCCGCUGCCCCCAGGACCCGCGAAGGGCGCGGCCGUCCUCUUCCGGCCGGGACCGGAGGUUCCUGUGAACGGCGCCGUGGUCCCCGCGCGCGACGACGCACUUCCGGCCCGAGGGGCCGCUGUCCUCACGGCUUCCGGCAGGGGGCGCCGGGGCCUCGGGAACGCUGUGUGGGUCGUUAGCCCUCGCGCAUUCUGGGAGUCGCAGUCCUGCCUCCCCGCCUCCUCUACAGAAUCAGUUCCGGGCUCUUUUCGCGAAGGAACGUCGUCAUUUCCGGGGAAGGGCGGCUAGGCAGGGAGCGCAUGCGCAAAGGCUACACAUCCUGACAGGCCUCCGGAGCAGCGGCCCGGUGCCUUGUGGGAGAUGUAGUGCUUCAGGCGCGGAAGCCCCGGCGUUCGGCCGGCGGAGGACUCGGUUUCCCAGAAGGCCGAGCGCAGCGCAAGAUGGAGGCGGCCAGGCCGCGGUGAGCCGCCACGGUCGGGCAGCUGACCAGAGCCAUGCCUGGAGGACUUGUGCGCUGAGGCCACCGCCCACGCCUCUGGCCGCCUGUGCCCGCGCUUCACCUGCCAGCACUCCGGUGUCAGCGGAGGCAGCCAGCGGACAGGAGGUGCGGUGUGGCCGGAGGACACAUGGCUGAGGUGGGGGCCGGCGAGCCCUCCCCUGGCGUGGAGGAUGACACCCUGCCUUCCGACACCGUUUCCCUCAGUGACUCGGAUUCCGACCUCAGUCUGGCUGGCAGUGCCGAGGUGGAAGCUCUGUCUCCGGCGGAGGACCGGGAAGACUCUGGCCCCGACGAGCCCCCCUCGCCCCCCAGGGGCCGCCCCGCAGCCGCGGGCCAGCCCUUCCGCUUGCGGGGCACAAGCUCCACCUUUUCCCAGCGCAGCAGCAGCAUCUUCGACUGCCUGGAGGGGGCAGCCAGGCGGGCCCCCCGCUCCGGGGCCCACACUGAUGUAGGAGACAGCGGGACUUUUAAGCAGCCCCCGGCGCCCUCAGGCCAGCUUCCACGGGAGGGCCCGGGGAGGGCCAGUCAGAGCCCUGCGCCCCCAAGGGUUCCCCCCGUCCCUGACUAUGUGGCCCACCCUGAGCGCUGGACCAAGUACAGCCUGGGGGACGUGGCCGAGGCCACCGAGCAGAGCAACCAGGCCGCUGCCCUGGCCUUCCUGGGUUCCCGGAGCCUGGCUGUGCCCCGCGACUGCGUGCCCUCCUUCAACCAGGGCCCCUCCAGCUGCGGCGAGGGGAGAGUCAUCUUCACCAAACCGGCCCGAGUGGGCGAGGCCCGGCCGGAGAGGAAGAGGGUCUUGGGGAAGGCAGGAGAGCCGGGCGGGGCCGAGGGGCCUGUGGAGCUGGCCCAUCUGGCCGGGCCCGGGAGCCUGGAGGCCGAGGAGCAGAGCAGCCCGCGUGGGGGCCUGCGGGAGAUGGGCAUGCCCGAGGGAGCCACCCCCACUGGGGCAGCGGCAGGCCCCCCAGGAGUGAAGACAGUUGGUUUCCAUGGUAGCAGGAAGCGAAGUAGGGACCACAUCCGGAACAAGAGUGGCAGCCCUGAGGCCCCAGGUGCAGGGUCUGACCGCAGAGACUGCCCGUGACUUUCGGAGCCCCAGCCCCUGGGAAGGGAGCUGGUGGGCUGCCUGUAGGUGGCGCCAGGGGCUCUGGCUUGUGCUCAGGCAGUGGUCUCUGGAGCAGAGACCUUGCCAGGGGUAUGGGCCCCGUGUGGGCACAUUGGGUGUCUGCGGCGGGACAAUAAAGUUUCGGGUAUUCCUCA